AUGGAGAAGUCUGAUGAAGAGGAGGAAAAUGUGCCUGAAAGUUACGACGGAGAUGAUUUACUGAAUAUGUUACAAAGUAAUGAGGACACAGAAAACUCACAAAACGACGAAUGUGACCUGCCCUUGAUUGAAAGUAAGGCAAUAGACAACCAGGAUGUAGACAAUAGUGCCCCUAGAGUACAUAUAUUUUCAGGAUUGUUAGAUAAACUAAAAGACAUCUGGAAAAAAUAA